UUCUAGCCAUUCCCUUUCCUCCCCAUGCCCACAAUAAUGUGUAUAGUAAACAUGUAUACAUUAAUAUAUUAGUCUUUAAUUCGCAUCUGCAUCUCCGGCGUUUCGUUCAUUCGGAUAGGAAUCUCCAUAUUCUCUCUCGCGCGCUAAACUCCAGUCUUUGAUCCUUUUCUUCAACGUUCGUUCAGGUUAUAUGCAUAUAAUCUUUUGGGAGCUCAGUCGAGUUAAAUAGCCAUGAGUUUUACCACAAUGUCUCUGGCUAUCUCAUUUACGAGGUUGUUUACGAGCCAUGAUGGUUCUGGUCCAUCUUUAUUUGGAUGGCUGAUCACUGGAUCAUUUGGACUCCUAGCCAUCAUUUAUGCCAUUCUCAAGUGGCAGAGAAGGACUUCUCUAAAUUGGGUGAAGGCUGCUGCCAGAGCCAAGAAAAAAGCUUGGAAAAAGCUGAAAGUACCUUUAUCAAAUCAUAUAUGGUUUGAAGAUUUUACUUAUGCGGAACAACCAUCAACUUGCUGUGUCUGCUUGACUUCACUUGGGCCUUCUCAUAACUUAGGUACUACAGCCUCACCACGUACUCCUCUCCAUCGCUGCUCUGUUUGCGGGGUAGCUGCUCAUUUCUAUUGUUCUCAGUUUGCUGCAAAGGAUUGCAAAUGUGUGGCACAGGCUGCUUUUAGCCAUGUGCGACACCAUUGGUCAGAGAGAUGGGUUAAUGUGGAUGAUAAUCAGGAGAUGUCUGGCUUCUGUUUUUACUGUGAUGAAAUAUGUGGUGUUCCAUUUGUCAACGCCUCUCCUUCUUGGCAUUGCCGCUGGUGUCAGCGCCUCAUUCAUGUAAAAUGUCACGCCAAAUUGGCUAGAGAUUUUGGUGAUGUUUGUGAUUUGGGCUCUUUGAGACGAGUUAUCCUCUCUCCUCUGCUUGUCAAAGAAGUUGAUGAAGAUCAAAAGGGAGAGAGAGUAAGUUCUAUUACACAAGAAAUCAUAACCUCUUCAGUUCGUGGUCAGAUUAAAAAGCGGCGCAAUCGUAAUAAGAAUGGAGGUAGUUACUCCACUCAUUGUUUAUCAAGGAAUUCCUCUGCUACUGAGGCAACUUUGGGAUAUGUAUUGAAUGGCUUGUCAGAUAUGAAGAAAUCCAGUUGUGAGGGGAAGUUCGAUCACAUGAACAAUGGUGGAGUGCUGGAAAUGAGGGACACUAAUUUUUUUAUGCAAGAAAAGGGUAAAACUGCCACACAUAGUCUAAUUAAGAAGUACACGUUAUUUGAGUUGCCUCCUGAUGCAAGACCGCUCUUGGUUUUCAUAAAUGCCAGGAGUGGUGGACAGCUUGGGUCUUCUCUUCGCAGGAGAUUGAACAUGCUACUAAAUCCUGUUCAGAUAUUUGAGUUAAGUGCUUCCCAGGGUCCUGAGGUGGGGUUGGAAUUUUUCAAGAGUGUACAAUAUUUUAGAGUAUUGGUAUGUGGCGGAGAUGGCACUGUUGCAUGGGUCCUUGAUGCAAUAGAAAAACACAAUUUUGAGUCACCUCCACCUGUUGCAAUUCUCCCCCUAGGUACUGGAAACGAUUUAUCAAGGGUACUGAAUUGGGGAGGAGGCUUCUCUGCCCUUGAUGGACGAGGUGGCUUGACCACGAUUUUGCAAGACGUUAGCAAUGCGGCAGUUACAAUGUUGGAUCGCUGGGCUGUAAAUAUUACAGAAGAAAACUCAAAAGGAAAAGGAAAAAAAGUGAAAUCUAAAUCCAUGAUGAACUACCUAGGAAUUGGAUGUGAUGCGAAGGUUGCAUAUGAAUUUCAUGUCACUCGAGAAGUAUAUCCUGAGAAAUUUUGCAGUCAGUUUUUAAAUAAACUUCGGUAUGCCAAAGAAGGAGCUAAAGAUAUAAUGGACAGAACGUGUGCAGACUUGCCGUGGCAAGUAUGGCUUGAAGUUGAUGGGAAAGACGUCGAUAUUCCCAAAGAUUCCGAGGGCUUAAUUGUGCUUAAUAUCGGGAGCUAUAUGGGUGGAGUAAAUCUUUGGCAAAAUGACUAUGAGCAUGAUGAUGAUUUUAGUCUUCAAUCAGCGCACGAUAAAAUGCUUGAGGUGGUAUGUGUAUGUGGAGCAUGGCACCUAGGCAAACUUCAGGUUGGUCUUUCUCAAGCAAGAAGGCUAGCCCAAGGUAAAGUCAUUAAAAUACACUCAUCAAGUCCUUUCCCUGUUCAAAUUGACGGGGAGCCAUUUAUCCAACAACCCGGCUGCAUAGAGAUAUCUCAUCGUGGGCAGGUGUUCAUGUUGAGGAGGACUUCAGAAGACGAGCCUAGAGGGCAUGCUGCCGCAAUUAUGACAGACGUCAUACUGGAUGCUGAGAGCAAGGGCACUAUUAAUGCAUCUCAGAAGAAAGUUCUCCUUCAGCAGAUGGCCAUCCAUCUUUCUGAAAGAUAGGUCUUACCACUCUGAUAAUAGCCCCCUAUAGUAAUCCUCUCCUUCAGCCUGCUUAUAGACCUGCCCAUAUUAUGGGUUUUUGUCCCCUCUAAACCCUUUUUGUAGGAGAAUCCUCGGUAAAUAGUAAUUUGCAAUUUACUGAGAGAGAGAGAGAGUUCAACAAUGCACGUAGCUGCUUACAGAUGAGUGAUUGUAAUACACACACACACACACACACACACACACACACACAUGUAUAUAGGCAAUGAGUUUGCUUUGCGUUUGUUGUCCUAUUUACUAGCAACUAUCAACCACAAGCUCUGUAAAUUGUAAGGCAAUGUAACACAUUGUGACAGAACCACGUUGUGAUUUCUUGCACGCUUCUUGGUAGAAGCUCAUGCAAGUUAUGUGGAGGUUUUAUUAUACAAGUUCUGAGGAAAUUUCCAUGCUAGUUGAAUCAUGAUGUGUCCGUACGACAGUGGAAUCCGCUUCGGGCAUUUGUGUUGUAUGGGUUAUACGCAAUGAAAGAGCAACCGCAACUUGCUGCAGUUAUUA